ACAGGUUUUACGUAAGCAAAUGGGUACUUGCGGCCUUACUACCUGCGAGCGGUGGUUCACCUGGUUCACCUGCGGCGCGGCCGCGGCGCACCUGUCAGGCCUGUCAGCUCCAGCCGAGCCCACCGCUCCAGCUUUGUUUUGUUUAUGUUUGUCUCUGCGCUUCAGCGAGCCGCUUGUGGAUGUGGAUCAGAGCUCAAAAAAUAAUUUGGGUGCUCUGCUGAGGACAUGGAUACUAAAGGAGAGCAAGCUGCAGGAGACGGACCUCAAGAAAACGUUGUGCCUGCAUCAGACUCUCCCUAUCAGAGUCGAAGUCAACUAGACCCUCGUUAUGAAUGUCCCAUCUGUCUAUCGUGUCUGAAAGAGCCAGUUUUGACAUCAUGUGGUCACAGAUUUUGCAAGGAAUGCAUUUACAUGUGGCUAAAGCGAGAAGGAAGCUGCUGUCCGAUUGAUAAUCGACCUCUUACUGCAGACUCAGAUCUCUUUGUAGACAACUAUACCAGAAGAGAAAUUGCUCAAACUCGCCUUGAAUGUCCAAACGCAGGAUAUGGUUGUAAAGUUGUAUUACAACCAAUUGACCUUGAAAAUCAUAUUCCCAGUUGCUCUUUUCAGAGAACAGGCUCUGGGAAAAACUCCUUGCAUUGUACUUUUGAAAAUGUGGGCUGUCGCACCACAAUUAGCAGUGCUGAUGAGCUAGCCUCCCAUCUCGAAUCAAACCUUCAACAGCACCUGAACCUCUUGUCAAUGGCUUAUACAAAGCUGUUGGACCUAUCUAAAACCCAAACAAUGAAUGGUAAGGCUGAGGAGGCCAACAGCAUGUGGGAUCCUCAACCAAAAGGGAACAGUGUGGCUGGCUCCACAACAGCAACAGUUGGGAAUUCCAAUGCAGGCGAGACUCAUUGGCCAGAGCUCAUAAGGGCUCUUUAUGAAAAAGUUGUUCUUCUAGAACAGAAAGGGUAUGAGCAAACCAUAGAAAUGAACAAUUUGAAACAACAACUUGCCACAAGUAAUGCGCGACUUGAAAGGGUAAGACAUGAAUUGGCAACUACUCAUUGUGGAGGCAUUUACAUAUGGAGGGUUCCAAACUUCAGAGAACAGUUGACAGCUAUGACAAGAGACCCCCUCCUCAUGUUAUACAGCCCAGCUUUUUACACAUCACAAUAUGGAUACAGAUUCUGCCUACGACUUAAUUUGUCAGCAAAAAAUAGAAGUCAUCUUGCUGUCCUAGUCCACCUGAUGCGUAGUGAAAAUGAUGUAACACUGGAUUGGCCUUUCUCAGGCCGAAUGUCUCUGAAGCUUAUCCACCCUACUGAUCCUCAACGCCAUCUUAAGGAAACUAUGAUGUCUCGGCCGGAACUUGAGGCAUUCAGACGUCCUAGGCAUGAAAUCUGUCCAAGAGGCUUUGGUUACACAGAAUUUGUUAAAGUUUCUGAUUUGCUCAGUAUUGGUUUCCUUGGUGAAACUGAUACUCUAGUCUUGAGAGUUCAAGUUCAGUGCGUGUGAUCACAGUAGUUCUUAACUUGUUUAGUACAAAUGUUUUCAAGACUGGAAGAAGUUAUGUCCGUCCUUUUUAAUUAUUCAAGGAAAACUCAUUUGUAUUUCUUGUGUGUUAAAAUACCUCACAAGUUACAAAACAGUUGCAUUUCUUGAAUUUUAAUCCGAGCCAUUACGUUUUAAAAUUAUCCGUUGUUAAGAUUGUAGCAAUGCUACUUUUGAGUUGUACUGUGAACUAUAAUUUAUGUUAUUCUUAUUAAAUAUAUCAGUUAAGUUUGGUAAGGUAAGGGUCUGGUGAAAAAACUGCAAUUUUUGUAAAAAUAUUCUAAAAUUAGUUUUUUUCCUAAAAAACAUUGUUAGGACCUUUGUCUUUUAAAAUCUUCUUGCGCGACAGGUUGUAAGGUAGAAAGCUGCCCUUUGAUUUGUGACUUCCUUGAAGUGUUUUUCAGUGAGUUUUUUCUCAAUUUCUUCCUAGAUUUUUUAUAACAGCUCUAAAAGCUCUAAAACUGGUCAAAAUUGGCCAAAAAUGUGAAUUUUGGAGGAAACGUGUUUUAAAAAGUUGUGGAUGCUGCCUGAAUUUACAUUUUGCAAAUGUCUCACUGAUCAGACCUCAGAAAAAGAUUAUAAAAAGAAGGUCAAAGGCGUUGGGUCGUACUCCAUACUGUGUUGCGCAAGGAGUUCGCCAAAGUUGAGCAAUUUUAAACACUUAAAUCAGUUUAACUUGGGAACAGCUUGACCUACAGAGGUGAGAUUGAGGUCAAAUUUCCUUUUUUACACCCCCUAAAACAUGCCAAAACAUAGUUUUACUCUAGAGCUCUAGAAAAACUUCAUUUCACCGGGUCCUUACUGUAGGAAUUUUGAGUUUUGUUGAUUUGUUUUUAAUGUUGAGUUCAUUCUGUUAAAAGAAUCCAAAUAAAUUUUUCAAGUAUCAGAAACUGCAAUUUAAAA